AUGACUUUAAUAUCUAGUAUUUAUGAAUAUUUUGUUAAACUUAAUUUUUUCGAUACAGAAACGGAUGAUGCACACGAGAAAAGAAAUGAAAUUCUAUCGACACGAAUGUACAUCAUUGCUCUUACUAUUAUUUUGUCUCUAUUCCUUUUGUAUUUAUCUUUAACAAGUCAAUCAACUCUUAUUACAAUCUCACAACCAACAAAAGAACAAUUUCAACAAUUAGAAUUGAAACAUUCAACUAGUUUGAAAUGUCCAUGUAAAGAGUUAUUAAUUCCAUAUGGAGAUUUUAUUAAUAUAAGAGUGAAGUAUAAUGAAAUCUGUUCAUCUAAUUUUAUUAGCCAAGAAUGGAUCGAUUAUUUUUACUUUGAAAAUAUUAGUUAUUAUCAUCCACUUGAUUUUCGUCGUAAUGCACCAUUUAAAUUUCAACUUCUUCGAACACUAUGUCAACAAGCCAAACAAACGGUUGAUAACAAUCUUGAACAGUUUUAUUCAAAUGGUUUUGUUGUACAUCAACCUACUUCAAUGAAUACGCUUCAUAUUCAAGUGAACUCGUUUUCCGAAAACUUGAAAAAAACAACAUUUUCAUCAUUUCAAAAUGUAUUGAGACAAAUCCGACAAGUACUAAGAGCAGAUUCAUUACAAGCUGCAAUAGACACGCGUUAUUUUAUGGAACUUUAUGAAGAUUCAUCCGCUGCAGCACUCGUGCACAUUUGUUAUCGUGAUAAAACAGGAGGCAUAUUUACCCUUGAAAAUGUUAACAAUAAUACCUUUCGUCGAUUGCCAGAAAGAAUUUAUUCGAAUACAGAUAAGUAUGAUUAUUAUUCUACCUGCUUUAAUAAUACAAACCAAGAAUUGAUUAGUGGGGACAUCACUCCUACUUUAGAAAUACCUGGAAUGUUUACAGGUGUUUUACUAAUUGAAUCGUUAAUGUAUUCAACACUUGAAUGUUUAUUUGACCAAACAUGCUUGAAUAAUAUUUCUUUAUAUGUUCAUGCUUCAUCAAUUCCAAUUAGUCGUUUCUCAGUAUUAUCUCACUAUCCAUUAACAAAAAACCAAAGUAUUGAAUUUAUGGCCGAUAGAUCAUUUGUUGAAGAAUGGGUCGUCAAUACUUCCUAUGAAAAUUAUUUUAAUUAUUGUCAACCAUUGCUUUGUGAAUAUACAACUAAGUUAAGAAAUAGUUUUCUCUAUAUUUUUACUACAACGAUUAGUUUAUUUGGUGGAUUAAGAAUUUUUCUCCCAUUGAUCAUCAUAAAUAUUGUUACAUUUCUUCGAAAGAAAAAGCAACAACAACCAACAAACACUUCUCGGAUAUCAACUAAAACUCGUUUAUGCAUAUUUUUAAAAUCAAUUAAAAAUCUUAUCAUGAAACUGAAUAUAUUCAACAGUUAUUCGUCAGACGAGCAUAGGCAAAAGACCGAAAUCAUAUCAACAAGAGUUUAUUUUUUGCUAUUAACAAUCUGCUUAGUCGCUUUUACUAUAAAUAUAUAUUCUGAAAAACAAACAACAAUGAUAAUUAUAAACAGUCCAACACAAAUAAAAUUUGAAGAAUUACAAAAAGAAUCAGUUGAUGAUCUUCAAUGUCCAUGCAGUAAUAUUUCGGUUAAAUAUUCGGAAUUCAUUCAUUUUUCUCCAACUUAUCAUCAAAUAUGCUCAAGUGUACUUGUUUCACCUUUGUGGGAACCAAAUGAGAACAUAUGGAUUGAUAAAAAACCUUGUAUUAAUCCAGACUUCUACAGCAUUGCACAAUCUUUGUUCCCUCUUUUAUCAACGUAUUGCCAAAUGGCAAGGAUAACUUUACUCAAUGAAUUAAAACAAUUUUAUGAUCGACAGCAUACAACAACUCUAACUGUUGCCGAAGAGCAAUUUAAUCAUGAAAUAAAAUCACUUAUAGAAAUAUUUCAAAUGAUAGUCAAAGCAUCAUUUAAAGAACAGUUGGAAAUUACACAAAGUAUUAUUUUCGAUAAUCAAAUAUAUUCAGGACUACGACCAGAAGUUCAAAUGAAUCGAACUUUUUUCAAUGAUAGUAUUGAACUCUCAUUUGAUUUUAGUAGCAAAGUUGACGAUGAAUGCUCCUGUGCAAUUGAGCCCGAUUGUGCUAUCCCAGCUAGCUUUUGUCGUGAUAACAGAAGUGACGAUGUACCAGGUGUGUAUGCGGCUUGCUACACAAUUGAUUCAUUAUUAUAUUCGACAACAGAAUGUUUCUAUGAUCAAGAUUGUAUAGAUCUAAUCAGAUAUUAUUUGAAAAACGAAACAAAACUUUAUGAACAAAUACAGCCGCUGAAUGAAUCAGAAACAAGUCGAUAUCAGACAAAAGAUCAUAUUGCAAUACUGGUUGGAGAUCUAUUUGUUGAAAAUUGGAAUGAAUUUCAUUUUUAUGAUAAAUAUUAUAAUUCUUGCCAAUCAUCGUUUUGUUCAUAUAAAAUCCAACAGCGACCACAAUUUAUCCAUGUAUUAACCGUCUUAAUUAAUGUAUAUGGCGGAUUAACAAUCAUUUUAAGAUUCUUAAUUCCAAACAUUGUUUCUUUUAUUCGAAGAAAGCGGAGACAACGACAAGGAAGCAUAUUUCAUGAAAUACGCAUCACUUUACGAAUAUGUUUAAGGAAAUUACAACAACUAAAUUUAUUUCGUAAUCAAUCAAAUAAUCUUCAUAUAAUACGACAACAAAUCAUCAGUACACGUGUGUACUUGAUCACUUUCAUUACUAUUUUAGUUAUUUUAGUUUUUUAUACGUCAUUAAACAAGAAAAUUAUUACUAAUACAAUUCAACUAACAAAUUUAGCACAAUAUAAAGAGUUACAUUCGAGAUAUCGACACAGUUUAAGUUGUGCAUGCAAUGAAGUAUCGAUAAAAUACAAAGAAUUUAUUAAUCUUAUGCCCAUAUAUAGUGAAGUUUGUUCGUCAUAUUUAGUAGAUGAAGAUUGGAUCGAUUCAUUAUACCGUAACAAAAUGGCAAAUGACCAUGGUUUCUAUGCAAUGCUGCCAAUACAAUUCCAUUUCCUUGCAUCCGUAUGCCAAUUAACUGCAAAGAUGGUUGAUCUAAAUCUAAAAAAAUUUCAUUCAACAACAUGGAUUAGCAACGAAUUGAAUUCUAUGGACUUAUUUCAAAAUAAAGUCAACAAAACUGUUAAUUCAUUUAAACGAUCAACGGCACUAAAAUUUAAAGAAAUAUUUGAUAUGAAUCGUGAAAUUAUUCAUGGAAAUACAUUCAUAUCAGCUCUUCAAACAAACUGGAAAUAUAUCGGUUAUCAUUUCAAAAAUAACUCAGUAAUAAUGUAUACAAAGCCAAUAUCAUAUAAUAAUCAAUCAUGUACAUGUGCAACUUCAUUACAGUGUUCUGAACCAAUGGUAAUUGAUCAUAAAAUUGUCGAAGGCUUAUUUAUUGGUUGUUAUCCAGUGGAAACUAUGCUGCAAUCGUCGUUACAAUGUUUUUAUAAUAAGAGUUGCUAUAAUUCGAUUAUGCCGGAUAUUUCAGCAGAGUUAAUGCCCAGUGUUGAUCAGUCAGAACGUAAAUAUCUGUUAAAUGAAACUGUUCAACAAAUGGUCGAUCGAUUAUUUGUUGACGAAUGGCAUUUUAAAGAAUCAUAUCAAAAUUAUUUUGAAAAAUGUCGUGCAACACAUUGUACUUAUUCAUUUACACAGAAUUUCAAUAUACUCGUCCUAUUAAGAACUAUAUUACAGUACUACGGAGGUUUAGAUAUUAUAUUAAGUGUCGUGAUUUCGUUUAUUGUUCAUAUUAUAUUUCGGAUUUAUUAUAGAAGAAGCCAAAUAUUAGUGGUACCAAACCAAUCAGCAACCGAUUAG